GACCUUGGGUUGGUUGUAAGAAUCAUGGCGGCUCUCGUCCGAAUAAGUUCUCUCUGUCAUAGAGGUGUCAGCCCUCUGUUAUUUCGCCCUUCGUCUCUCAUCAGACCUUUGGCCGUACAGCAGAAGGAUCAUGAUUGUUCGUACUUGAUAUCAGCAAGGAUACAUGCUACUCCUUCCAACUAUGCGGGUUCUGGGUCUAAAGCUGCAACCAUGCACUGGACUGGAGAGCGGAUCCUGAGCAUAGCUCUUCUGAGCCUGGCACCUGUUGCGUAUUUUUGCCCCAGCCCUGCUGUUGACUACUCUUUAGCAGCUGCACUUACUCUACAUGGUCACUGGGGUCUUGGCCAGGUUGUGACAGACUAUGUUCACGGAGAUGCUAAAAUCAAGAUGGCUAAUGCAGGCCUGUUUGUUCUGUCCACUGUCACCUUCGCCGGCCUCUGCUACUUUAACUACCAUGACGUGGGCAUUUGCAAAGCGGUGGCCCUCUUGUGGAGUAAAUGACUGGACUGAGACGAGGAUCUGCGUUCACCAUCAAAGUUCCAGCUUAUUGUACAUUAUAUGUAACUUCUAUGAAUAUAUAAUUUUUGACAACAUGGUGUCGAUUUGCAGUUGUUAUUAAUUGUAAAUGCUGUCAGAACAUACUCAGCUUUUACGUAAGAUGCGAAAUCAGUGUUUCAGAUGCGGAAAAACUUGUUGUGGCUUUAAGACGUUGAAAAUCACUACGGUUGUAAUGUUAAGAUUCAAACUCAUUUUUACAGGAAAAAUGAUCAGGCAAUAAAUGUUUUGGCCAUAUUUAUUGUAUAAUGUCUUUUUGGUCACAAUGAAAUAUCUUGACAUCAGGGAAAGUAAUGAAUUAUGGUAAAUGACUCCUCGUGUAAACGGCACAUUGUGUUUGUUGAUUCACUGAUGGUAAACUGAUCUUUUAUACACGCCAAUCUGAUUGUUGUAGAGAUGCUUACAUUUUCGCAUGGCUUAAUAUAUAGCAGGUAUUAAACAUUACCUAUAUUUAUAAGUCCAUCAUUAAUGAACAACAUAUGGGUUAUUGUCAUAUUGACAGUAUUUCAACGUAACACUUUGCAUGGCUGUCUUGCUCAAUUCUGCUCAAAUAAGUAACCAUUUAUAAAAGACAAUUUGUUAUUGGAUGUGCAAUUUAUUUACUUUUUUGUCUUAAAUAGAUUAGAUGUUUGCAAAAAUUAUUGCAAUGUUGUUUGCAGUAAACUGUGAGCUUUCAGUGUAUAAUAAUGAAAAAGGCAAAUCUAAAUGAUUAAAGUGAGUUUGGAAUCUAAGGGAAAUGAUUUUGCUAGUCCUGUUAUCAUGCGCAGACAUGGUUGUGAGGCUGGCUGCACUUGUGCCUGUUUAAACUGCUAUGGAAAUUUGUGUAAAAUAUUUUGGGUUUUUCUGCUCAUUAAAGCUUAAAAGGGUAGAAUUGUGCAC